GGGGAUCAUCCUUGGCUCUGCCGCUCUGGGAUGGGGAUCCUUUUUUUCUAAAACAAGAAACAAGAUAGCUGAAUACUCGUAUAUCCAUAAGUGAACGCCCCACUUACUAGUUACUUCCCCCGCCCCAUAAUUUUGCAGAAGAUAUCAAAGUCACCAUCGGGUUUCUAGGUUUUUUUCCCCGGUGAGUUUAUUUAUGUUUCCUUCGCAUGGUGCCCUUCGAUGUAUGAAAAAACUUCGACUUUUCGUGGGCAUUUCAGCUAGUAGCACCAUUUCAAGGUCCUCUAAGAUUUUCUCCAGUUACAUACACUGCCUUGAAGAAUCGAGACGGAAGAAACCCGAUAAGCUAGCUAAUGGACAUCUUGUUAAAUCUGGGAAGUCGGUCAACAAAUGUGAAAACACGGAGAAGGUUAAUGUUUACAUGAGAGAUUUAGUGACGAGAAUAUCAAAUAUAUUGAGAUACUCAACUUGGGAUUCUGCUCAAGGGCAGUUAGAAAAGCUUUCAGUAAAAAAAUGGGAUUCAUAUACAGUCAACCAGGUUCUCAAGACUCAUCCGCCAAUGGAGAAGGCUUGGCUGUUUUUCAAUUGGGCCACCAAGCAUAUAGGAUUUAAGCAUGACCAGUAUACAUACACGACCAUGCUCGAUAUAUUCGGGGAAGCUGGGAGGGUUUCAUCAAUGAUGUUUCUUUUCAGCCAAAUGAAAGAAAAAUGUAUCAAGAUUGAUGUGGUUACCUAUACAUCUAUUCUGCAUUGGCUCUCCAACAUUGGGGAUGUUGAAGGAGCUAUGAAGUUUUGGAAGGAGAUGAGAGAGAAGGGCUGCUGUCCUACUGUCGUCUCCUAUACAGCUUAUAUGAAAGUUUUGUUUGACCACAAGCUUGUUAGGGAGGGUGCUGAGGUGUACAAAGAGAUGCUUCAUUCCGGUUGUGCUCCCAAUUGCCACACAUACACAAUCCUUAUGGAGCAUUUAGCUGUCACAGG